UACAUAGAAAGGGUUCGUCUACUUUUUUUAUCUCUACAAGCACAGAGAUUUCUUGCUUUUGGCUAUGGCGGAGAAGCGCGUCUUGUUUGUGUGCACCUCGUGCGAUCGCUUUAAGGCGGUGGACGAGAAGACCGGGCUUUGGGCCGAGGAACUGGCAGCACCGUACUACGAGUUCAUCGAACAAGGCGCCAAGUGUGAUGUUGCAAGCAUCAAAGGAGGCGCCAUUCCAUUGGAUCCAAACAGUCUUGCGGAGAACUACACCACUGAUCAUGUCAAGCGCUUUCAUCAAAACGAGCAUGGCCUGAAAGACAAACUGGAGAAGUCGAUCGCGAUCAAAGAUGCUGCCGACACGUACGAUGCGAUCUUCCUGCCAGGAGGACAUGGAGUGUGCUUCGACUUUGCCGAGAACGCGGAGCUCAUAGCGCUGGUUGAAAAGUUUUGGGCCGAUGGCAAGAUCGUCGCUGCAGUGUGCCACGGUCCAGUCGGCCUUUGUGGCCCGCUCACUCCAGACGGUGAUCCCAUCGUCAAGGGAAAGAAGGUGACUGGUUUCAGUAACUCGGAGGAAGCCGCGGUUGGAAAGACUGACAAAGUUCCAUACCUCCUCGAGGACAAGCUCAAGAAGCUGGGAGGACGCUACGAAUCUGGCUCAGACUGGACACCUUACGCCGUGGCUGAUGGGAGACUGAUCACGGGUCAGAAUCCACAGAGCUCUCUCAAGACGGCCCAGCUCGUCGUGGAAGCUUUCCAAAACUGCAGGCUUUCUUACUAGAAAAAAGGAAACGGAUGGAUUAGUAAGAGUGAAAGGAAUAACAGUUUACCGUGUUUCCAAGCAAACUUC